AUGGCAAAAGACUUUUUGGAUUCUAAUUUCGUCGGGUAUGCCAAGAAGUAUUUCCUUGAAAUGUUGGAUAGGGGAUUGAAGCCCCAAUAUCAACCCUACAUGUAUGUUAUGGAUGCCAUUGCCUACCGAGAGCCAGUGGAGGAGGCCAAGAAGUUCCUUGAGCAGAUAAAAGCUAAGGGAUUCAUCCCUGUCAUCGAUGAUUUUCAAUACAAAGAAAACCACCUCACAGAAGCAUUUCAGGCAAUGAAAACGUAUGCUGAUCUCGUCGUCAACAACAACACUGACAAGGCUGUUCAAAAAUUGUUCCGCGAGUCACGCCUCUCCCCUUGGAUAGAACGGUCGAUGGAGGAGCACAAGGCUUUGGUAGAGGAUGGAAAUGUGGACGAGGCCAUCGAGCUCUAUCAUACCAUUCAACAGGCAGGCGUAGAGCCAUUGGUCCAAAUCCACACCUCUGUUAUUAAAGCCUGCCUCAAGUUUGGCAAGACCAAGGGUGCUCUGGAGGCGUAUCUGGCCAUGUUAGCUGCUGAGGUUGCCCCCAACUCCUACACAUACACUGUUUUAAUCAAGGGACUCUGUGCUGACCCCAACUUCUUUGGAGAUGCCAAGAAGUACUUGCUUGAGAUGAUGGACAAGGGGAAGCAGCCUAAUGUUGCUGCCUAUACUGCGGUGAUAGAAGGCUUUGUGCUUUGGGAGGACAAGACAGCUGAGGAGAAGGGCAAAGAGUUUGUGGAGAUGAUGAUCGGUAAAGGUUUUGUGCCUAAUGCGAAGGCUAUGAUGACGGUUUUAAAGGGCAAACCAACACCGGUAAUUAGAAGGGUCAUGAGCAUUGUACUUUCCAAGUUGAAGAGCUGA